AUGGGUAUAAGGCAUGGUGACCUUUUAUCACCCUACCCUUUUAUCUUUUGCCCUGAAGCACUAAGUUCCUUGCUUAAUCAUGCUGAGGCAUCGAAAUUCAUCGUUGGCAUUCCAAUUGCAAGAAGAAAUUCACUUGAAUGGUCAAGGCUCAUUGGCAUUCUGGAUAUUUAUGAGAGGGCCUUAGGUCAGAAGCUCACCAAAGAGAAGAUCUCUAUUCAUUUUAUUGCAAAUACGAGCAAUGCUGCAAAGGACUCUAUGCUCAGUGUAGCAGGGGUUAGAUCAUCCUCAUCUUAUGAAAAGUAUCUUGGAUUGCCAGCUCUCAUUGGAAGAUCAAGGCUCAAAGCUUUUAAAACCAUUUUGGACAGAGUUAGAAGUAGGAUUAGCAACUGGAAGUCUAAGUUUGUCUCUCAGGCAGGAAAGAAAAUACUCCUCAAAGCUGUGGUUCAAGCACUUCCAACUUAUUGUAUGGGGCUUUUCAAACUCCCUAAAACUUUGCUGAAGGAGGUUAAUAAAGUGAUGCACCAUUUCUGGUAG